AUGGGACCACCGGCACUUUUGCACAACUUUCGGGCGACGGCCAUUCCCAAAUCGCCCACCUUUAUCAAUGUCUACACCGUGUUUGCGAAUCUCUAUGCCUUUUUGGCAUUGUGGAGUCUUUUCUUGGCGCAUCUUUCCAACUUUAUCAAGGAAAACUUCUCGUGGUUAGCGCUCGUGCCAGCCAAGAAAGUUACUACUACUACCACUACCAAACUCUUUGGGCGGACUGUCACUCUGGACAUUUUGCCCUCCGAGUUUCCUUCGCCGGAUGAAAUCAAGGCCAUGGAAGCAGAAAUGCCUCAGUGUUGUCAACAUGGCUGGUUCCGUUCCGUGCUGGGUCAUCAGUUGCACUACCGAUUCUUCUUGCCGCCGUCACACAAUAAACCAAAGGCUGUAAUCAUAUGGAUGCAUGGAUUGCAAGGAUUUGGUGGCGAAGCUCACACAAUUCAAUACUCGGAUGAUGAUGGAACUACCACCAAAGAACGCAAAACUAACAUGGCAUUACAAGCAGAAACGUAUCUCAAGGAAGGAUAUGCUUUGUAUGCCAUGGACUUGUCAGGGCAUGGAUUCAGUGAAGGAUCACGAUGGUUCAUGCCCAAUGCUGACCUGAUGCUGAAAGACUAUCUAUACUUUAUUCAAAAAGUGGUGGCAUCCAGACAUGAUAACCAAACACCAUUCUUCUUGUCGGGAUACUCCUAUGGCGGCUGCUUGACGCUAAAGGCGGCAAAACACCUGCAGGAUCAUCCAACAAAAGCCACCCAGUGUUUUGCAGGAUGUAUGCUGCAAGCACCUGCAUCCUACAAUCUAGAGGCAUUCUUUCUGUUUCCACUGGCGGCUUGGAUCGCACAGCAUCUUGUCAAUCCAGUUCUGGGCAACAAUUUCCGACCACCGGCAUGGAUACCCAAUCGCGUGCAUCCAAGACGCUUUUGGAGGGAUCCAGAACGAUACCGCGUCGGAAUGCGUCCCAAUGGUAUGAAUCCGGUCGGACGACACAUUCCCAUGCAAACUUGUCUUACAUUGAUACAAGACAUGGUCACACUGCGAAACCAAAUCAUUCCCAAUUUGAAGGUUCCUUUCUGUGUUGCUCACGGAAAGCAAGAUGUGGUUGUUCCCAUUGCAGGUACCGAGUACCUCCAGCAAGCGUCCUUGACACCCAAAGACGAACAAGCCGUCAAGUGCUUUCCAGAAGCCUAUCAUGACUUGUUGGGGGAACCCGAGGCAGACGCCGUCAUGGAGUUUCAAGUGAAAUGGAUGAAGGAGCGAAUGGCAGCUACCGCUCAGGCUAAAGCAAAACAGGCUGCUUUAACUGCACUACCACCACAACAACAACCAGACAUUCAUGAUCUUAUCUGGACAGAUAGUCUUUCAAAGGUCCUACAAAAGGUACCGGUGCCAGCUUGA